GAUAAAAUCACCAAAACUGCACACGCAUAGGUUAGUCUUCCAUAAUCCAUUUUGCCCGAAGCAGUUCUCCGUCGCAAGCGAUCUCUUUCGAAACCCGUUUUCUGUAUAAACAGGAGCAGAGAGACCACUCAGAGACCCCCGCCUUCAUUCCUGCUGCAGUGUUGCACCACGCCUUCAGCUCCCGUGCUCCAUCACCCCAUCGACAGCCAAAUCAUCGGCUACUCUUCAGAACCGACGAGAUGAGCUCAAACGAGAAGAAAUCGGCCGAGCAGCAGUAUUUUCCGCCUCCGCCUCCAGGUCCGCCGCCGGUACAGACCACGCAAACGAGCCCCCCGAAGCACCCCGACGAGACUCCCCUUCCCGAUUACCCUGUUCCAGAAUUCGCGCCCCCACCGGCAGCUGCAGAGGAAGACAUCUACAACGCAUCCCCGGUUGACGAGCAUCCUCCAAAAUGGGGUCACGGCCAUGGCCAUCAUGGUGAGGAAGGCGAAGGAGAAGCAAAGAAGAAGUCGAACAGGCUUUCCGCGUUCGGCCAUGCUAUCACCAGCAAGGUUGCCGGCCCCGUCAACGCCCUUGCGAACAAAUUUGGAUCCGAAGGCUUCAUGCCAGAGUCUCUAGACAAGGAAUGCGAGAAGGCGGCCAGGAUUCUCAGGAGCUUUUGCAAGGAGGGCAUCUAUACCGACGAUGCCGUCCCUCCGGCAGCGACAACUCCUGCCGAGACAGCCGGUACUCAACAGACAUCAAGCAAGCCGCCCGCGUCGCCCUCGAGCAAAGCAAAGAAGUCCCACGCCCUCCUGACCAUUCCCUCCAAGGUAAUCGCCCGCGCCCAGGGCCUCGCAAUUUUCACCGCUGUCCGCCUAGGCUUCCAAGCAACCGGUUCCAGCGGCAGCGGCAUCCUGAUCGCGCGUCUCGACGACGGCAGCUGGUCGCCGCCCUCGGGCAUCCAGAUCACCUCUAUCGGUGCCGGUUUCGUCGCGGGCGUGGACAUUUACGACUGCGUCCUCGUCAUCAACACGCGCGAGGCCCUCGACAUGUUCAUCAAGAUACGCGUGAGCCUCGGCUCCGACCUAGCCGUUACUGCUGGGCCCUUCGGCGCAGGUGGCGCUUUGGAUUGGGGUUUACCCGCUGGCGGCGACCGACAACGAGGAAAAGAAGCCAAAGGCAGCGCCAACCCCUCGUCCGGGGCAGCCACCCUCGCUCCAUCGCCCCUCUCGGCCGAUAACACGCAGUUCCAAACCCCUCCGGUGACGGAGGAUCUAGACGAGGAUGACUACGACGACGGUGGCAAGGGCAAGCACCCGGCUCGCCGGCCUAGCCCCUUCCGCGACGCGCUCAAGAAGCCUGUCUACAGCUACAUCAAGUCCCGCGGCUUCUACGCCGGCGUGCAGAUCGACGGUACCAUCAUUGCCCCGCGCGACAGGGCCAACGCGGAAGUUUACGGCAAGGGCGUUUCGGUGGGCAGAAUCCUGCGCGGUGAGGUGCCGGCCCGGAGCCUUGCGAAUCUCGCCCAGCAGCAGCAUGGAGGGGCCCUGUCGACCUGGCCUGGCGGCGCGAAGGUCCUCUACGACGUCUUGAGGGGUGCCGAGCAAGGGUGGAAGGGCCAUGGUCAACAACAACAACAACAACAACAACAACAACAAGAGGCAGCUGGCCAACAGGCACCACCAUAUUCUGCACACAGUGGAACUGUGAGUCCCGGGUACGGCGGACCCAGUCCCGCGUUUGGCGCUCCACCUGGGACGGGCGGGGCGCCGACGAGCGCGUGGGUCCCCCCUCCGCCUCCUCCCGGACCUCCUCCGGCUGCUGCUUCCGGCUCAACCGCGGCGCAAGGCGUGUACGGUGUCACGGCGGGGAUGAAGGAUUUGGGAAUCGGAUCUUCCUCGGGCGCCGCGCCUCCCCCGGCCGUGGGCACUUCAUCCGCGGCGGCAGCAAAGGCUGCCGAAGCCGCUGCCGAGGCGGCGCGUGCGCAGCAGGAAGAGGAAGCCUAUCCGCCGCCGCCGUCGUACUCGGACCCGCCCGCCGAGGAUGACCUCCCGCCUGCGUACGAGGAGGACGAGAGGUACAAACACUUUGCAGGCGAUAGCAAGACGGGGCUGCAUUGACGGGGAGAAGGUAUUGCGCAUCUGAGGUGAUGCGGAACAACAGCUCUGACCUCGUCAAGCGUUUGGUUUUCCACUCGGAUGUCUACCUUAUCUAUUCCGCUCGGUUAUUUCAAUGUGAUUUUCGAGAACCUUGAUUAGCAGUUUUUCUAGCGUAGCGGAAUUAGUACUUAGGAAACUCAAAGCGACUAUUAGUCGUAUUUGAUGCUUCUCCAUUUCCAUUCGACGGGACCGCCUUGUUUUUGACAUUGAGAAACAAUAUUUCUCUUAUUAAUUGUUAUAGCAACAGAUAUUACCAUUAACUAGUAGUGUGAAAUGAUUAUGCCCUACAAGUACGUUGGGCAAUUAAGACCUCCUCAAGGUACUUGAACCUCGGCAUGGUCGCAUGGCAAUCAAAGACAUCUGUUC